AUGGGCCUUGUGAGCGCGCAAAACCUGCAACCAGUCCAGCUCGAUGCAUCUGAGAAGAUCGUUGCCAUCCACCCUACGAACACGGAUGUAAUGGUGCUCACACAGAAACCUGACCCGGGCUCCCAGGCGCGCGAUUAUCUCUCGUCAUCCUAUCUCCUGUACUCUCUUGUGAAUCAGGAGCCUGUUUUCUCUUUCAAGGGUCUUCUUCUGUUUGUUGCAUCUGAUAUGUCCAGAAUUGUUCGAUUUUCGGGGCAUGCAAUCUAUGACUACGAGCAGGAACCGGCAGAUACAAGUGGUCGUGUCGCCUACCGUGUGAAGAAUAAGAUUCGCGUUGGAACAUUCAUACCGGCUAUUGGUGCCAUUGCAAAGAGUGAAAAGGAUGGAAGGGAAUACUUCGUCUAUGCUGGCCUCACCACACGCAGACAAGCAGAUACUCUCUCAUAUUUCCACCAGAACGACCACUCCAGGCCUGAGAAGGUCAUGCACAUGUACUACGGCUAUGCGAUCAUCGACCUGCAGUCUCCAAAGGCUGCAGAGAGCCUUGUACGCACGUGCAUCCUUCCCAUUAAGCGCAGAAACCAGAUCUUUUCUAUUAGGCCCAAUGUGGACGCCAACAAGCUCUUUAUCAGCUACAUAAACUCAAAGAGCCUCAUGUUAGAGAUAGCAUUAGAUUUGGACAAAGGAUACAAGAUGUACUUUAAAGAUGAAGAUACCCCUAUUCAGUAUGCCCCUAGCGAUGAUAGCGGGCACUUCAUUUACCCCUACCUCCUGCAACCCGAGACGGCCAAACAUACCAUGCACCAGAACAUCCUGCACAUGUCCUCAGACAUCACGUUUAUUAGAAUCUCUCGGGACUCGUUGUUUUUGGACAUCAUAUACAAUCAAGUAACCAGGGAGACUCUUUGGCACCUUUUUGCUGUCGACCUGGCGGCUUCGGCGAGCUCAACCACGCAAGCCACAGAGAGCAUGACGACUGAGGACCUGAAUGCUUCCUCGAACACAGUUACCUACGGAACCUACGCCUUUGAGAUAGUACGGAACGGCGGGGUAUUUCCGUUCCUUCCUAGUGGCUCCUUGUACUAUCACGACUAUAGCACAAAUACCCUGCAGUAUAUCUCCAAGAAGAAGAUUGAGAAGUUCAUGCAUUCAGACAUGAUCGGAAAGUGUGCCUGCAAGUGGAACACUGAGGAAAUCGCCUUCUUCAUCAACACUCAGGAACUAGCUAUGGGAACCGAUAGGGUCGUACAACUAACAGAUGACCUCUUUAAGCUGUACAAGCACACUGCUAGAAAGCUCGUUCCGGCACAGGAUGCCCUUCAAGGCUCGAUGACGGGAUUCAACAUCAAUACUACGUAUGCGCCAAAUGUGCUUGCUAUGAGCGCUCCACAACCAUCACAUGAGCUAUUGCGCGAACUAGGAGAGAUGAAAACAGCGACCAAGAAUACAGAUGAAGCACUAGAAACGAUUAAAAAAGAGCUGGAGACUCUGAAGGAAGUGAAGGCCAGGCAGGGCGAUGAUCUGGACUCCCUAAAAACAGCGAUGGAGGCUAACGAUGCAAAUUAUAAAAAUAUCUACGACGCAGUGGAGGAACUAAAGGAGAGGCAGGAAGAGCUUCAAGCUGCUGAGUCCUUAGCAAGUGGUACUCUGGAUCCGGAGCUGCUCGAAAAGAUCCACGCUGCUGCCGAUAUGGCACAGCAGGCAGAUCUCAUCCGAAACCAAGUUCUGGAGAUGGACGGGAGGAUGGCUGAAGUUGAGACUCAGGCGGCGAAGCUGGCCGCAGAGGUCCAAGAGUUAGAAAAGAAUUACGGUGAAGAGCGUGCGAGUGCAGCAAUGCUGGGAGAUUCCGAGGCAAUUAUGGCUAUUGUUAGUGAGGUUAAAGGUGAUGUGAGUGCCCUCAAAGAUCAGGUAAGGGAUCAAGGAGAGCACAUUGCGGCCAUUCAGGAUGAUUAUAACGGAUACAAGGAGGCCGUUAACAAUAGGUUUGUCAUCCUUGAAGAGACAGUUCUCGAGAUUCAGCGCAAUAUACCCAUCGAAGAUGAGGACUCGUUCGACUUUGAUCCGCACUCAAUAAGAAUUGACGAGGAAGGAGCGGAUGAUGAAGCCCAAGAGAAUAGAGUACGCAACAAACUCUUGACGGAUAAUGAUGACGAUGAUGAUCUAGUUGGGACACCUAAUGUGCAGCAGAUGAGAGUUGUUCCUAAGGAGCGGGUAGAGCAGAUACCUCCUGUUAGUGAGAAACUACCAGUUCAAGAUGCGGAGCCCAUAGAGCCUUUGCAAAUGCAUGAACGGGUCCAAGAGAUCCAGAGUCCUCCGAAGCUAGUGAAAACUGAGGUAGAAGAUCCAGUAGAGCACUGGGGACCGGACUUGGUAGAACGUUUACCAGAUGUUCCUCCCAGUGAUGAUGGCGACGAGCCACCAAUCUCUUCCGUAACCGAAGCCGCACCAGUGGCCACUACUACCUUGGAUGCUUUUAGCGAUCUUGAUUUGGUCGGUUCACCAGUGGAAACAAAGCAAGGCUCUGCACCAGCGACCACUGAACCGCAGAACUCCAACACCAUGCAAUCUCCUCAAAUAGAUUUUGAAGACCUAAGUGUUGGUGGCUGGACGGGAUCUCCCGAUCCUAAGCCAUGCCUAGAAACGCUGCCGAAUCCAUUGCAGAGCCCGGGAGACGAGUUUGAGAAGCUUACAAAAGACGACUUCGAUCUCGGGGAGAGUGCUACACUCAAUCCAAAUGCAGAGGGUGAUGCAGGUCAAGACGUCGACGAUUUUGCGGGUGAUUUCGACGAUUUUGAUAUUUAA